AUGGACGCACACACACUCAACGCUUGGACGCGCUUUGCGCUCCAGAAGGGCGGCAUCGGCACAUGCACCGCUCUCAUCGACAACCCUGCCACCGAGCCUGAAGAUCUCAUGUUCAUGGCCGGUGAAAAGAUCAUUGUCCUUCGCAGACUCGACGAUGAUUCCCCAGAUGCCAACCCACGUCCCACCAGUAGCACUAGCGCUCGAAGAAAGAGCGAUGCUCUUUCCGACUCAGAAGCAUGGUUUCUUGGCUACUGCGAAGGUGUCGUAGGUCGCUUCAAGGGCGCUCACGUCCUCAUCCACGGCCGUCUGAAGAAGCCCGUCUUGAUGCGUCGCAGCGCUGCUGGUAGCAUUCGCGACUCUAGCAUGCGCCCCAUGUCCAGAAGCGAAGCAGCCAAGAUGCAUCUCUCUCAAGUGCCUGCCGGUAUUCCUUUCACUUCCGUCAACUCUGACGGCGAAGAGGACGCAGCUGCCUCCUCACCGGUCGAUCGACGUGGGCACGCAUUGCCACCGCCGGCACAGCACAGUGCGGGCUUGAGUUCAUCUCACCCCCACCAUCCGGCCGCCGCUUCUGCAGCUUCGACGUUCGCCAAGAAUGGAACCUUUGGUCUCACAACACCGCCUCUGUCAGAUGAAGGUCACCUUCGAAGACAGCCCCUUCCACGCAGGCCGGUCCAGGACAACGACGAAGACUCGGACGGCUCCACUUCCCUUCUUCCAUGGGCUAGGCACAGCCGUGAGAGCAGCAACGCCUCUUCUUCCGCUCCUGCUCCUCGACCAAACAACUUGCUCGCUCGAAAUGGAUCGUUGGCACGCCCCUCAGCGCCUCUUGGCACUUCAUCUCCCUUCACCCACCACUACGCAGCCACACAAGCACAGAACGUCUCCAACUUACCCACUAUCCAUCAUCUGCCGCCUUCGCCCAUCUCUUCCAGCGAAUCGCCCAUACGUGCCGAGUCGAGCAACCUUCUGGCUUCCAUCACCACUACAUCCAGCUCAAAAUCCAACCCUCCUUCCGCCGACACCACCGCCGACAGCACCAUUAUCAACACAGUCACUGGCAACUCUUCGGCUGCAGACUUGGCUUCGCGUACAUCCUGCACCUCUUCCAACUACACCACCUCGACCAACGACGAUUCCGACGACGAACAGGGCAACGAGAACCGUCGCAGAGACUACACUUUCUCCAUCUACGACGUUUACGGUCGUGAUUCGGUUGCUUUCCCUAACUUUGACUUCCGUCAGUACGGCAGCAAGUCGUCUCUUGCCAAGUCGACCGAGUCGCUCAACAUACCAAGCCAGCGCUCCUCCAACGCAACCGACGACCGCCUGCAGCUGCCGCUAUCGCCUCAACAGUGCCCUCAGCAGCGUCCCCAGCCACCGAGCGCCGACACAUCAAGAGCGCAGCAGUCCAUGCAGCAGCAGCAACAACAGCAGCAGCAGCAACAACAGCAGCAGCAACAACAGCAGCAGCAACAACAGCAGCAACUCGGACCCAUGGCUGGUGGUAUUCCACGCCGGCCUGGACAGCUUGUCGUACCUGCUGCUAGCGACACCUCGAUUCCAUUGGCGUUGCGAUCUCCCUCCGGUCGUCGUCCAAGCGCAGCGCCGGAUCCGAGAAUGGCGGACGUCAAUGGACCACGCCCACCUUUGAACAUGGCGUCGAGCUUGCGUCGUCAAGUGGAAACUCCGCCUGUGCCAGCUCCCGGCGCUCAACAGGUUUCACCGUUGGAUGCAGCGGGUGCGGCCUUGGCAGCCGGUCCAAGUGCCGAUGCGGGCCCCAUGCCACGCGGCCCGGGCGCCUUCGAUCCACACCGACGUCCGUCACAGCACAACACUGCUGCGCCAGUGUCUGCUCGCAUGCACCCUAGCACGUUGCCUCCCAUCUUGACGGGAGCUCCGGGCACAGGAACAUCGUUAGGCUCCAAGUCGUCAGCCUCAACCUCAGCCUUCGGCCCUGGCUCUUCCCCACCUGUCUCUGCUGGCACGUCGGCGUCCAAUAGCCAGGAUACCAACUUCAGCCAUCGCCCUGGUUUCGCUGAGGCGCGCUCACGCCAUCGGUCCAUGUCGGUGGGCACGCUCAAUAAGGCUGAGAACCUUGCGCUUAACGAAACGGAUGCAGACGGCGCAGAAACUGCGCACGCACCUAUCUUGGCCGCAGCGCCUCAGCCACCACAUCUCACUGCUCUUGGCUCUGCCAACAACACCACACGACCGAGCUUCCGAACUUCAGCCAGCUCUGCUCGCUCGCGCAACGGUCAAGCUACCUCACCUGGGUUUGGGCCCGUGCGUGCAUCUUCAGAUCGUCUCUCGGAGCGUGAGAGGACCAACUCGGGCCAUGGUUCAGGACUGCUUCGUAAGAACCCUUCCAACCCUACUCCUGGCCUCCAUGGCGGUAGCGGUCUUCACGGACUCUCUCCUAUGGCACGAAGCGCAAGCCCAAUGAGCCAGCUCAGCGCCCCUUCACCAACAUUCCACCACCAAGACGAAGCAGGACGUCGCACCAGUGCUGCUAGCACUAGCGCCUACUCGCCAGGUCCGCGCAGCCCCGCGCUUCGCAGUCCACUCGGUACGGCGAUCGCUCCCGGUCCUGCAUCCGCGCCUGUGACGCCCGGCGGCGGCCCCGGGCCUCAUUCGAAUGGUAUCUUCGCUUUCCCUUCUUCGCCCGGCUCGGUGGCCAGUCCCAGUGGGAUUGGCAACCGUGGUUUCGAUGCGAUGGGCUUCAUCAUUGAGCCCAACGUGCCACCUUGCAUGCCUCAGGUGGACGAUCCUGAACUCAAGGACAAGUGGCUUUCUGUACUCAAUGAGAACGACGUCACUGCAGCAAAGAAGAGCCGCAAGGUCAAGAAGCUGGUGCGAAGCGGCGUGCCUCAAUCGCUGCGACAUGAAGUUUGGCUCUUCCUCGCCAACGCCUCGGUGCGUCGUCGACCUGGUCUUUUCGAGCAGCUUUGCAAGACUUCGCAAGGCAGCAAAGGCAAGCGCGGCAAAGAAGAGGCUUACGAGACCAUCGAGAAGGAUCUUCACCGCACCUUGCCGGACAAUCAAUUGUUUAUAGGUGAGAAUGCAACGGGCCGAGCGGACCUAGAAGGCAUUCUCAAGUCGUAUGUUCACUUCAAUCCCAUGCUUGGCUACACGCAGGGUAUGGGUCUCUUAGCAGCCUUCGCACUGAUUCAGAUGCCAGCCGAAGAUGCAUUCUGGUUGCUCUGUGCAGUGCUUCGUAACCCUCAGAUGGAGGAAUACUACUCGGCAGGCAUGAAGCAGCUCCACGUCGACAGUGUCGUGUUCAGCAAUCUUCUGCAGAGCAUGGACGCAGAGCUGCAUGAUCGAUUCGAACAAGUCGGAUUGUCGCCAAUCAUGUUUACUCCCAACUGGUUCUUGCCGCUCUUCACGCGUGUCUUGCCUUGGACCACCUUGGUAAGGGUAUGGGAUGUCUUCUUCUAUGAAGGCCCUACAUGGAUGUUGCGUGUUGCACUUGCCAUUGUACGCAUCUUGCGCGAACAGCUGAUGAACCGAUCCAUCUGCCCUACCGCAGGCGAGAUGUUGCAGUUGCUUCUUCACCCUCCUCCUCACAACUUGACGGCGGAGAACGUGUUGAACUGUGCUUUCAGCGUGAAGCUCAAGGAUGGCGAGAUGCGCAAGUUGAGCAGAACCGCUUCCAAGUUGGUUAGGGAGAAGAACUCUUUGAAUCAAGCUGCGGAUGCGAGGGGAAGAGCAUCGUCCAGGAGACCCAGUGCUUCGGCGAAAGCAAGUAGGAGUACCAGUGCUCCUGCGAAGCGAUGA